ACCUCCCAGCCAGCAGGUAGUGUGUGUGUCAGCGUGUUUCUCUAAACAUACAUUAGCAGAGGUGUUUAAUCAUCAAUUGACACAAAGUCCCCCGAUCUCCUGCCCCUGUUCUCUCUCUCUCUCUCCUACUCGUUCUCCAUAGUGUCUGCAGCAUUGGUCAGGUGUGGGGUUAGUGAAUCAGUGGUCAGGUUUAGGGUUAGUGUACGGUGUGUCUGAAGCAGUGGUCAGGUCUGGGGUUAGGUAUGUGUGUGUGUUAGGGUUAGGUGUGUGUUAGGGUUAGGUGUGUGUUAGGGUUAGGUGUAUGUGUUAGGUGUGUGUGAGUGUGUUAGUGUGAGUGGUCAGUAAUGGCGUCCAACUCCACCACCCAGUUCUUUGCUCUGUCCCAGUCCUUCAGUAUCUCUGACAUCAUCAUCAUCGCUGCUUACUUCCUGCUCAACGUAGCCGUCGGCAUCUGGUCGUCGUGCAGGGUCAGCAGGAACACUCUGAGUGGAUACUUCCUGGCUGGGAGAGACAUGGCCUGGUGGCCGAUCGGAGCCUCUCUGUUUGCCAGUAGCGAGGGCUCUGGUCUGUUCAUCGGUCUGGCUGGAACAGGAGCUGCCGGAGGCAUCGCUGUAGCUGGCUUCGAAUGGAACGCCACCUAUGUGUUGCUGGCAUUGGCUUGGGUGUUUGUACCAGUCUAUGUGUCUUCAGGGAUCGUGACCAUGCCGGAGUACCUGGGUCGUCGGUUCGGAGGGGAGAGGAUCAGAACCUACCUGUCUGUUCUCUCUCUGAUGCUGUCUGUCUUCACCAAGAUAUCAACAGACCUGUACUCAGGGGCGUUGUUUGUCCAGGUGUGUUUAGGAUGGAACCUGUACCUGUCUACCGUCCUCAUGCUGGUGGUCACUGCCCUCUACACUAUAGCAGGUGGUCUGGCUGCUGUCAUCUAUACAGACACUCUGCAGACCUUCGUCAUGAUUAUAGGAGCAAUCAUCCUCACCAUCACAGCGUUCAACAAGAUUGGAGGCUACAGUAACUUGGAGAGAGUUUACCAGGCAGCCAUCCCUUCUAAGAUCAUCCCCAACAGUAGCUGUCACCUGCCCAGAGAGGACGCCAUGCACCUGUUUAGACACCCGGUUACUGGAGACCUGCCCUGGCCUGGCAUGACCCUGGGACUGACUAUACUGGCUACCUGGUACUGGUGUACUGACCAGGUCAUCGUGCAGAGGUCCCUGUCAGCUAAGAACCUGUCUCAUGCCAAAGGAGCUUCUAUCCUGGCGUCCUACCUCAAGAUGUUACCAUUCAUAUUCAUCAUACUUCCAGGCAUGAUCAGCAGAGCUCUGUACCCAGACUCGGUGGGGUGUGUGGACCCAGAGGAGUGUGUGAGGGUGUGUGGAGCGGAGGUGGGCUGCUCCAACAUCGCCUUCCCCAAACUGGUCAUCGAGCUCAUGCCCAGCGGUCUGCGGGGGCUGAUGAUAGCAGUGAUGAUGGCAGCCCUGAUGUCAUCGUUGACCUCCAUCUUUAACUCCUCCUCCACGCUCUUCACCAUGGACAUCUGGAAGAAGUACCGCGCGUACGCCUCGGAACGGGAGCUGCUAUUGGUCGGCAGGAUAGUAACAGUGAUUCUGGUGGUGAUAAGCGUGGUGUGGAUUCCAAUCCUGCAGUCGGCCAAUAGCGGACAGCUCUACGUUUACAUCCAAUCAGUGACCAGUUACCUGGCUCCACCCGUUACCGCUGUCUUCUCAUUGGCUAUCUUCUGGACCAGAACCAACGAGCAGGGAGCUUUCUGGGGUCUGAUGGUGGGGCUGGUUGUCGGUGUGUGUCGGAUGGUUCUAGAAUUUGCAUUCCCGCCUCCUCGCUGUGGUAUCCAAGACGACGCCCCGUCAGUGCUGCGCUCCGUUCACUACCUUCACUUUGCCAUCAUCCUCUGCUUCCUGUCUGCUGCCGUUGUCAUGGUGAUAUCACUACUGACUCCGCCCCCCACUGAAGAGCAGGUGCGUAACCUGACGUGGUGGACUUUGACUCAGGAGGAAGAGGGAGAAAUACCACUCCAGAAAGUCUCCUCUAUCAGCCACCGAGAGCAGAGACCCCAGGUCCACGGUUCUGCUCCGGUGCGGAGGGCGGUCUGCGGCCGCGGGGCGGGGCUCUGCAGCUCAGCGGAGGGGCCAGCAGAAGAGGUUCCGUUACCCAGAAUCCCCAGCGUUAGAGAGAGUGUGUUUUGGUCUCGCUUCUGCUGCGUCAAUGCCAUUCUGCUGAUCUGUGUUAAUAUAUUCCUCUACGCUUACUUCGCCUGACCUCUGACCUCUAACUGCUGUCCCAGUAGGAUACUUCCUGUGGGUGUUUCCAUCUCUACAUAAAUCAAUGUUCUUAUGGUUCUAGAAGAUGUAUCGUUCUAGAAUGUUACGGACCUGUGAUGUCACAGUGGGUAGGGUCCCAUUUAGUGUACUGUAUAUGGACCUCUGAUUGGUCAAUAUUGUGUCCUUGUGUAAAUGAGAUUCAUGAAUAAACACGUGGCCACGUCUUGUAAUCUACAGAGGAAAAACUUUAUUGUCAUCAAGAUCAGAGAUCAGUGGUUAGAGGUCAGAGGUCCGGGGUUAGAGGUCAGGGUCUAGGGGCUAGGGGAGAUACAUUUCCUAUAGGUUCACCACACACACAGUAGAGUAGCAUGAAAUACACCUGACCCCAUACCUCAACCAGACCCAUAGCAUGUUGUAUCAAUACUACAAUAACUAACUGUUACAUGAAAUACACCUCACCCUGACCCCUGACCCCUGACCCCAACCAGACCCAUAGCAUGUUGCAUCAAUACUACAAUAACUAACUGUUACAUGAAAUACACCUCACCCUGACCCCUGACCCCAACCAGACCCAUAGCAUGUUGCAUCAAUACUACAAUAACUAACUGUUACAUGAAAUACACCUCACCCUGACCCCUGACCCCAACCAGACCCAUAGCAUGUUGCAUCAAUACUACAAUAACUAACUGUUACAUGAAAUACACCUCACCCUGACCCCUGACCCCUGACCCCAUACAGAUAUAUACUUCAACCAGACCCAUAGAAUGUUGCAUCAAUACUACAAUAACUAACUGUUACAUGAAAUACACCUCACCCUGACCCCUGACCCCAUACAGACCCAUAGCAUGCUGCUUGUCAAACAUCUCAUUCCAAAAUCAUGGGCUUUAAU